AUGGAUAACCUACAUGAGACCUUGCUCAGCCUCGAAGAUGGCUUGGGCUCCUCUGACAGCCCUGCCCUUCUGUCCUCCUGGGACUGGAAAAACAGAACAGGGCCCUUUGAGCUGAACCAGGCCUCGCCCACUCAGAGCCUUUCUCCAGCUCCAUCACUGGAAUCGUCUUCUUCUCCCUGCCCAGCUGUGGCUGGGCUGCCCUGUGGGCAUGGCAGUGUUGGCAGUGGGGGCAGUGAUGGCUGCAGCAGCCAUGUGUCCAGUGGCCUGGUAGAGGUGGACUACAACAUGUUGGAUUUCCAGCCUGCCUACCUGCAGAGCGUUGGUGUCCCCAGGGCACAGAAGGGCACCAAAGUCAGGAUGUCCGUCCAGAGGAGAAGAAAGGCAAGCGAGAGGGAGAAGCUCAGGAUGAGGACCUUGGCAGAUGCUCUGCAUACCCUCCGGAAUUACCUGCCACCUGUCUACAGCCAAAGAGGCCAGCCACUCACCAAGAUACAGACGCUCAAGUACACCAUCAAGUACAUCGGAGAACUCACAGACCUCCUCAACAGUGUCAAGAGAGCCUAG